AGGAUCACAGAAUUUACGCCUUCUCGGCUUGACAAUGCCUGUUCCCACCAUCAGUGGUGUUUCUGCUCGCGCUCAGUCAGCUGCUAAUGUUAGCUUAGCUUCUGGGGAAAAAAGCUCAUCAUGAUGCUCACUGAAAACGUGAUUUUUUAUUUCAAGUCCCUGAUUUAUUGAUAACCCCGGCUGCUUGUAGGUUCCCGGUGCGCCAAAUAUUGCACUGCAGUCGGCGCUGUAGGCGCAGGAAGGUCACGCAGCAAAAGAGCCUGUUAGCCGCUCGCGGGAGAGCGGGACUGCGCAAAACCACGGUCCGGAUUUGUGUGUGUCUGACGUCAUCGGGAGCCACCAAACGCUGUGACAGAACAAAACAACGACCAGCACCGGGCGGUACUCCUCACUCACCCAGUGAGUGGAAUAUGUCUCCGAACACACCGCUGUUCGGUCACCGAUGAAGUAACACCGGGCACGGAUGCACCACUGCGGCGCCCGCGAGAACAUCGCCCUGCUGUUAAAGGGACGCUUCAGCUGCCGAGACGAGCCGCACGAGAGAGAACCACCGAGAGGGAUAAGCUAGACGAGAACUAAUCCCUGGGACGGCCACAUUCGCAACAAGCUCAUAGGAGAAAUGGACCUGGACUGGAUUAAACGAUAAGAAACAAAGAGGAGACGAACAAAGCCGACCAGAAAGUGUGAAUCUCAGUGGAGAUGGGCGCUUUCACGAGCAGACAGAACAUAGGCGUGGAAGAAUUGGACAUCCCGUCUAAUUCGGUGUAUCGAUAUCCACCGAAAUCUGGAAAUUAUUUUGCCAGCCAUUUCAUCAUGGGGGGAGAAAAGUUUGACUCCACCCAUCCAGAGGGUUACCUGUUUGGGGAAAACACAGAUUUAAAUUUCCUUGGGACCAGACCUGUACCGUUUCCAUAUGCUGCACCUCCACCUCAGGAACCAGUCAAGACGCUACGGAGCCUUAUCAACAUCCGUAAGGACACACUACGGCUUGUACGCUGCAGCGAGGACCUGAAGCUACCCGGGGACGAGGCGGCUGGGAAGAGCCGAGCCUGUUAUAACGUAGAGUUCACCUUUGAUUCCGACACUCAGGUGGCCAUCACCAUCUACUAUCAGGCCAUAGAGGAGUUUCACAAUGGUGUACCUGUGUACCUUCCUCAGGACCCCUCCCUGCAGUCAGAGACAGUGCACUUCAAGAGAGGCGUCUCUCAGCAGUUCUGUCUGCCGUCACACACUGUCAACCUCAGCGAAUGGGCAGACGACGAGCUGGUGUUUGACAUGGACAAGGAGGUUUUCCCCAUGGUGGUGCAGGCGGUGGUGGACGAAGGAGAAGAACAUUUAGGCCACUCUCAUAUACUGCUGGCUACAUUUGAGAAGCACAUGGAUGGCAGUUACUGUUUGAAGCCUCUGAAGCAGAAGCAAGUUGUGGAUGGGGUGAGUUAUCUGCUCCAGGAGAUCUACGGAAUAGAGAACAAAUACAACUGUCAGGAAUCAAAGGUUGCAGAUGAUGAGAUCAGCGACAACAGUGCCGAGUGUGUGGUGUGUUUGUCAGACGUGAGGGACACACUCAUCCUGCCGUGCAGACAUCUGUGUCUGUGCAACGCCUGUGCUGACACGCUGCGCUACCAGGCCAACUGCUGUCCAAUAUGCAGACUGCCGUUCAGAGCUCUGCUGCAAAUCCGAGCCAUGCGGAAGAAGCUCAGUCCUUUAACACCUACCACCUUCAACCCGGUCAUCACCUCACAGACCUCAGAUUCAGAAGAACACUCGACGUCCGACCACAUCCCUCCUGGCUACGAGGCAGUGUCGCUCCUGGAGGCAUUAAAUGGGCCGCUCAACACAUCUGCGGCUCCUCCACUUCAUUCUGGACCCAGUCAUGUCACAGGAACGCUGCCGCCAUACAGUAGUGAACCUCAUCCAGCGCAGGCCAGAUCCCUCUCUCCUCUUGAUCAGUCCAACUCCAGUCAGGGACUAAAGCUCAAGAAGAGCACCUCCAAAUCCCUAUCCCAGAAUUCUUCUGUGCUCCCGGAAGAGGAGGACGAGAAGUCUUGUAGUGAACUUGACGCUUGUCGUGACAAACUUGCUGUAAAUCAUCAGGAGAGCAGAGUCACUCCAGACAGUGAAAACUUGACUCUGUCCUCCUCUGGAGCCAUCGACCAGUUAUCAUGUGUCGGAACACCACUCUCUUCUACCAUUACAUCCCCUGAAGACCCAGUGAGCAGCAGUUUGGCCCAGUCAGUGAUGUCCAUGGCCUCGUCGCACUCGCAGCACUCCCACAUCAGCACUGACACCAUGUCCUCCAUGUCAGGGUCCUACCUGGCCGGGGUGGAAGGUGAGGCGGCAGGGGAUGACGGGGCAGAGGGGGACGAGGUCCAGGACGCCCCCAUGGAGAGUCGGGCUCCCUCACAACAGGAGGAGGAAGCAAAGGAACAGAACUACUCAAUGGUUGUGGAAGAGCAGGACUCAGAGGGAAAUGAUCUGACUGAAGAAGACUGCUCGUCCACUUCUAAUGGAAAAGGUGGGCGGAGCAGGUGUUCCGAGUUGGCCAAUAACAAUCAGGGCGUCGCCCUCUGCGACACGCCCUCAUUGGGGCUGGAUAAUGAGCCAGACAGCCGUUUCGCCGGGUUGAUGUACCUGGGUGGCUACAGGCCUGUGUUCGAGCCCCUGCCCCAACAUACCUCCACCAGCAACAUUAAUCUGGAGGAGCUGGGGGAGACCAGGGAGGAGCAGAGCCCCAAGCCGCCCCACCGUGGGCCGCUCUUCAUCUAACACCAAUGCACUCCAACCUAACUACAUCCUCCGGCGCAGCAGCAGGGACCCCUUUGCCCCCUCCCUUCUUCCUCCUCUUCGCCAAGGAGAGAGCAGUGUGAUGCCUAGCUCCUCCUUCUUCUCCUCCAAAUGACCAGCCAAACGGCAGGGGGCUUAUGGGAUCGCAGCCUACUUCUUCAGUAUUUCCUGCCCAGACGAAUUAAAGCAGCAUCCACAUGGCCACAUUUUCAUGUCUCACAUAGAGGAUCUAUUGAACUAGUUAGUACACCUGUGACCGUUCAACAUCCAUGUGUCGCCAUACAUAUUGAGAACUGUUUUGAGAUUUUUUGUCGAUACAGUUAAAAGACAUCUCACACACAAUCUCAGAGUUAAAGGGAAAAAGGGAGUUCUCUCUACAAGCUGAAUGCAGUGACAAUGACUGGAAAAUGUGUUUUCUGAAAGAUGCAGCGUUCUCACCACCAAUCGCAAAAUGUUCGAGGCAUGACAGUGCUGGUCAUGUCUUUUCAAACGUGCAAGUAUGGACUAAUUUGGGAGUGCAAGCUCUAAAUGCUGACAUCACUUGGCAAACAGUCUCCUCGUCCCUCCCUCCAUCACACACACACACAAACACGUCCCUGCCACCUGUCUCUCAAACGUGGAUGUCUGUGUUCGGACAAAUCAGGACUCUUGUGGCCAAAAAGACCUGAAGUGGAAUCUCUCUCUCCAGAAUGUAGGACAGUGAACUUGUUCAGUUGGAAGUGACUGACCUGGAACACACACACACACACACACCAACACCCUCUUGUUGUGCAGCUCAUCUAGUCAGUAUUAUUGAAAUGCAACUUGAAACCACCACAAGCAAUAAACCAGCGCUCCUGCAAAUGGACCCUUGUGUUCUAAUCCCAUGUGAGAUUUUUUUUAAACCAAAUUUUAACAUCAUUUAAAGACUUACUUUGUGUUUUGCUGGCAUUUUCCUGUUGAGCCUGUUUCUGUUUUUUUUAAAUGUAAAUCUCACCUGUUAUUGUUGUUCUCUGUGUUUACAUGAAAACUGUGUUGUUUCUUAGAACGUGGUUGAAAAUUUUGCUCACCUCACCAAACGUUUACACUCAUGCGCGCACGCAUGCUCACAUAGCGACAGAAGGGAUGAAAUCUGCAGAUGCACUUUUAGCCGUUUACUAGACGACACGCUGUGAAGCAUGACUGUGGAGUUCGCAUGUUAGUCGUGGUCAGUAGGUGAUGGAUCGGUCUUUGUGUUUGGAUACUAGACCGCCGAGAGUUCUGCACUAUUCUAUCAUAACUAUCUGCUAUCAAAGGUUCCAAAAUGUUCAUGAACGCACUUUUUUUUUAGUGAGUGAAAAUGUCAAAUUGUCAAGGAAAAUAAAGUUUUUGCAAAAGAAUAUGAAGCAUUUUUUUACUCUUUCUCAAAGUCAUAUAUGUUUAUUCUAUCGUAAUAUUGAAAAAAAGAAAGUCUUUUUUUGUGUUGAACAAAAACAGACUUUUAAAUAUGAAUCAUUGAUUCUAAGACAAAAAAUUGAAAAAUGGAAAAAGAGAUGCACUCCAAGAGUGCAGACCACUGCUAAGGUGCUCUCUUCCACCUAUUUUGUGAAUUUUAUCUAAUAGUAUUGCCCAAAACAUUUGUUGCAUUUACGCUGCUUUAUACCUUUUAUAGCGGCAGGAUAUGAUAAGUAGUCAAAUUCAAAUGGUUGGAAGCGUCAUCUGGCAAACGUUUUUUCUACAUCACAAAUGAGGAUCAGAUGUCCAUGAUAUUCGGCUGAAUAGAUCACCAUUCGAACAAGUUCAACUGUUAAGUGAGUCUAAUGCCAUUAUGGCACCAUUUUAGUGAUCAAGUUCCCCUUUAGAA